AUCGCGGCGCAAGUAGCUCAAGGGAACGGACACUUGAUCCGCAUGCCGUGCACAGUCAUCGGCCGAAUUCUCUCCGAGGACGCUGAGGAUGGGCUCGCGUUCUGGAUUCGAGACCUGCGGCGCGAAGGCGUACCCGUAUCGCCGCUAAUACUGCAAAUGAAGAAUCGGGCGGUGGCGGCAUAG